AGAGAGGGGGAAAAAAAACACCUAAAAGACUUUUUUUAAUCCCAAGUGGAGCACCAUCAGGAUCACCGAGCAAUGACAUCCUAUGAAUCUCAAGGUCAGUCUCCGGCGAGAUGUGGGCCUCAGUUCCCUAGCUUGGGACAGGAACCUCCAGAAUUGAGUAUGUACAGCGACAGCUACUAUCCCCCUCCAUCACUGCCGAGUCCACAGCGAGCGAACCCUACCUCAUAUGAACUCGGAGACUAUGCUGCCUCAUCGCCUAACCCCUACCUGUGGUUCAACAGCCCAGGGAUGAACAGCGCUCCUUAUCUGGGUGGAACGCCUGGCCCUACAGGACCUUCUUUUGUUCCCCAGCACUACGGCAUGCAAAGGCCCUAUUUGGGACCAGGGGGACCAGGUGUUCCUGCUGGUGAUCUGAGCUGGUUCUCCAUGCCCUCUCAAGAGGAUCUUAUGAAGCUGGUCAGGCCACCUUAUUCAUACUCUGCUCUUAUUGCGAUGGCCAUUCAUGGUGCACCGGAACGCCGCCUCACUCUAAGUCAGAUUUAUCAGUAUGUUGCAGAUAACUUCCCUUUUUACAACAAGAGCAAAGCGGGAUGGCAGAACUCUAUUCGUCACAACCUCUCUCUGAACGACUGUUUCAAAAAGGUUCCACGAGAUGAGGAUGAUCCAGGUAAGGGCAAUUACUGGACCCUAGAUCCGAACUGUGAAAAAAUGUUUGACAACGGCAACUUCAGACGCAAGAGGAAGAGAAAGUCUGACUGUCUCCCAGAGAAGAGCAGUUCUGGAGGAAAUCUGAGCUCUGAGUCAGGAGACAGUAAUGGCAGGGGCAGCCCGAAAAAUCAACCCGUUGACAUUUCCACUUCGCCUGAAAAGGGCCCUUCACCCACAUCCACGGGUCCGUCGCCAUGCUUGAGCAACUUCCUGACUGAGAUGUCUGGGGUCACGGCUGGCUCUCUCGACAUGGAAGGAGAUCCCCUGAGUCGUUCCUUUACGCUCAGUCUGCCAGUGGACGGAGUACAAAGAGCCUCGCAACCCGCAGGCUUUAGCACCUACUCCCCCAGCUCUACGGUGUCUGAGUGGGCAUCACCUCUGCCCCCACCGCCAUCCAUUUCCCCAUCACCUUCCCAGUCCACUUUAGGUUACAACGGGCCUACUCUUAGUCAGUUCAAUGGGCAUUUCUACCCUGGUUUGAGCUCGACGGGUAUUCUUUACCCCCGGGAGGGCACAGAGGUAUAGGAGGGGAAGCGAGUGACACCGAGAACAGACAAGCUGAAUGAUCAAUUCAUGCUAUAGACUCUGGGGGCAAAAAAAAAAAAAAACACUGUUGUUUUCCUGAAACUAUACACUGCUAUGGCCUAACCAAACUCCUCUGAGCUCUGUGGGCACAAGAUACGAAUGAAUUCCCACAGGAAUGGCCUAGUCAGCAUGAGAUAUGACAGGCUGACUCUAGCAAA